AUGUCUUUCAGUGGGUUGGCGGCUAACGGAAGCACAGUGGACUGGGACCAAACGCAGCAUUGCAAGCUCCUUGACGCUCUCGUGCCGGCCCAGCAGCACCUGUGCAAGCGAAACCUGGAGCUCAUGCACAGCGUCGUGCACGCGGCCCAGCUGACCAAGGCUGUGUGUCAGAGCGCGUUCAGGGAUCUGCGCUGGAACUGCUCCUCCAUCGAGAGCGCACCACACUUCACCCCCGAUCUGGCCAAAGGCACUCGUGAGUCCGCGUUUGUAUUUUCUCUGGCUUCUGCUGUGCUAAGUCACUCAAUCGCACGCGCCUGCGCGUCCGGAGAGCUGCCCAGUUGCUCGUGUGCUCCCGCGCCGGCCGAGCAGGCGGCUCCAGACUUCCGGUGGGGCGGCUGCGGGGAUAACGUCCGCUAUGGCCUUCAGAUGGGCUCCGCAUUCUCCGACGCUGCGCUGAACGUCAGACGCUCCGGCUCACUUGCAUUUAAACUCGUGCACCUGCACAAUAACGAGGUGGGACGACAGCUCCUGCUGGAGUCCGUGGAGACGAGGUGCAAGUGUCACGGCGUGUCAGGCUCGUGUUCCGUAAGGACGUGCUGGAAGGCUCUGCUGGGCGUGGGCCACGUGUCCGAGCAGCUGAAGGUGCGAUACCUCGCCGCCACCAAGGUGGUGGUGCGGCAGGCCGGAGGCCGGAGGGUCCUGGUGCCCCGGGAGAUGGAGGUCCGGCCCGUUCUGGACAACGAGCUCGUCUACCUGGUCAGCUCGCCCGACUACUGCACGGCGAACGCCAGAUACGGCUCGCAUGGGACCACGGACAGGCACUGCAAUAAGACGGCCAGCGGAAGUGGUAGCUGUGGUUUGAUGUGCUGUGGGCGGGGCUACAACACCUACCGGGAGCAGGUGGAGGAGCGUUGCCACUGCAGGUACCACUGGUGCUGCUACGUCACCUGCAGGAAGUGCCAGCACAGCGUGGAGAGAUACGUCUGCAAGUGACGCACCUCUUUCUCACU